GCAGGAGGACAGGCCGCCGGGCCGGGCCCCGCGCCCAAGCCUGCCUUCACGGAUGAGGCGGUGCAAACGCUGCUGUACAAAAUGACGGGGCUGGACCUGCACAAGGUGUUCCGGCCCGUGAAGAAGGAGCUGAAGCCGCCGCAGUACAAGCUCAUGACUGAAGCUCAGCUGAAAGAGGCCACAAGAAAAGCCAUUGAGGAGGCUAAAGCAAAGCUAGUCAUGCCUCCUGUUUUGGAUGAACGAAAGCCAAUCGACGAUGUCUUGGCAGAAGACAAAUGCCUUGAAGGAACUGAAACUACAAAAUAUGUGUUUACAGAUUUAACUUAUUCCAUACCACAUCGUGAACGUUUCAUUGUGGUGAGGGAACCCAACGGUGUGUUGCGCAAAGCCACGUGGGAAGAGCGAGACAGAAUGAUCCAGAUAUUCUUCCCCAAAGAAGGGCGCAGGGUCAUUCCUCCAGUGUUAUUCAAGGACGAACACCUUGGGAAUGUAUUUCAGCAAGACCGUCAUGAAGAUCUCCUUAACAUGUGCAUUGCUCAGUUUGAGCCAGAUUCAUCUGACUAUAUCAGAGUCCAUCACCGGACAUAUGAUGACAUUGACAAACAUGGCAAGUAUGACCUGCUCAGGUCAACAAGGCACUUUGGAGGAAUGGUGUGGUAUCUGGUCAGCAGAAAGAAAACAGAUGGCUUACUCAUAGAUAUGAUCAACAGAGACUUGCUAGAUGAUGCUACAAGUUUAAUUACACUGUAUCACAUGCUUCAUCCUGAAUGUCAGUCAGCCAAAGAAGCUACAGAAGGGAAACUUCAAGGAGUUGAUCUGAUCAAGGUAUUUGCAAAAACAGAAUCCCAGAGAGAAGGCUACAUCCAGCUGGCCCUGCAGGCUUAUGAGGAAGCAAUGGCUACUUCUACAGCUUCAUGAAGUAAGCCUCAGCACAAGUUUUAAGUCUGUAAACAUUCUCUGUACAGGAUUCCACAAUAAAUACUUUAAACUGA